AUGUUUGAGAAUAAAGAUACGUCAUCCAGUGCAGCACCUAACGCACCAAAAAAGCCGACCGGAGGUGCUACAUGGAAGAAACCAACUCCAAGCGGGCCAAAGCCCGCACCAAUGGGUACCGGAGUGAGCUGGAAUGCGCCUGCUAGUGCGCCGAAAGUCAUGGCUAAACCAGUGGCUGUGCCCAAGCCAGUUGCCAGGUCACCCUCGCCCGAAUUGGCCCAUAAGAACACGGCACCCGUGAAGGGCAAUGUCAACAAGUUUGCGAGUAUCUUUAAUAAGGGAGGCUCACCAGCAGGCAAAGAUGACAACACAUUCGCACACAAGUCUGAAUCCGAGCCUAAAGUGGCACCCAGACCCAAACCAGCCGCGCGCGAACCAGCCCCGGCACCCGAACCUGAGCCCGAAUCAGAGGACGAACCAGAACCUGAGGAAGCCAAAGUGGAGGACCCAGAACCAGAACCAGUCAAGGAACAAAAGAAGGCUGCCGCAACACCGCCAGAGAAACCCGAUAGUGUGGAUGACAAGGACUGGAGCGACGAAGAAGACACCAAACCCGCAGCGGCGCCACAACACCACGAACCCGAGCGCCCGGUAGAGAGCACAAAACCCACCCGAUCCGUACUUGCGGCCGCAAGUAUGUUCGACAAGGGUGGGCCAGCCCCUGCACCGGCACCCGUGGGGCACAAGCAACCAGCAAAGACACACUCGCCUGUGCACCAGAAGAGCCAUUCGCCUGUCAGGCAGGCCAAGAAGCAGUCGCCACCACCGGUGAAGAAGGCCUCACCGCCACCGGCGCGCAAGGAGGAGAAGAUCGACGACAAGCCUAAGGCCGGAUCUAUAGCCGCUAAGAAGGCGAGUGUCGAGGCCGCACUGAGCAAACAACCCACCGGACCAAAGGAAACCAACAAACAACAGGACGAGCCCGAGGCGCCACAAUUACCAGGCAGAGACAGAGAUAAAGAAAAUGGACCACGAGCGAAAGCCGAAUUUGAUUUCGAAGGUGACGGCACAGAGGGAGAGCUGUCAUUCACAGCUGGAGAAACCAUCUAUCUAACCGAGAAAAUUAAUGAAGAUUGGUACCAAGGAGAGAUGGCAAAUGGCACCUAUGGCAUGUUCCCAUCCAACUUCGUCAAGGUUAUUAGAGAUAUCGGCGAACCUGAACCCGAGCCCAAGAAGGUCGAGAAGAAGGCUUCCACCAGAAGAGCGCUGCCCUCCACCGCUGGCAAAGAAAUGACACCACCUCCCCCAAAAGGUCCGCAUGCGAUCGCCUUAUUCGAUUUCAAGGGUGAGGACUCGGAUGAGCUUUCAUUCUUUGAAGGUGAAGAAAUUAAGCUGUUAGAAAAAGUCAGCGAUGAGUGGUUCCAGGGCGAGGGAGCCGACGGGUCCCAAGGGAUAUUCCCAGCCAACUUUGUCAAAGUGGUUGUGGAGAUUGGAUCUGGUCCUGUGCUUAAACGACAGAACAGCAAUAAACGGCCGUCGUCGAGACCUGUGAGCAAGGUUGAGGCUGAGACUUCCAAGGAGAUGGCCAGGGCGUUGUUUGACUAUGACGCGAAUGACUCGGAUGAUUUACCGUUUAAAGAGGGCGAUAUGAUAGAAGUGCUUGAACAUGUAGACGCAGACUGGCUGACUGGUACUCUGAACGGGAACACGGGAAUGUUCCCCUUGAACUUUGUAGAAAUUGUGAAGACCAAAGGAACCGUGAAGAAGAUCAACUCGAAGCCAAAGCAGAAGAAGGAGACGCGACCGCAUGCGAUUGCGCUCUUUGACUACGAAGGCGACACACCCGACGACCUGUCCUUUACCGAGGGCGAUACAAUAAUCUUAACUGCAUUUAUUGACGAGGACUGGUUUGAGGGCGAGAAUGAGAAAACAAAUGAUUCCGGAAUGUUUCCAGCGAAUUUUGUGGAGGUGAAGAUCAACUUGUAAGGUGGAUGGUGGCGAGCUUGGAUGGCGAUACUUCUCUAUAUAUCAGUAAUUAUACUUGUUGAGGGUGUGAUACCUUCUUUACACAACCGCUGCAGAAAUCGAAUAAAAGGAUAUCCAAGCUUCUC